CUCAACUUGUUUAAAGAAGUUUGAUUGAUAUUCUUGCCGCCUUUGUGAAUUCAUCUGUGAUGUGCGUUGUUCAAAGAUCACCCUUCACAUUGUUCUAACCAUAUACAAAGCACAACUACAAAAGUGUCAGGAGAUUUCGAGGUUAGAUUAGCGGGGCUUACCACUGUUCUACCAACUCACCGCCCUCACCAUAAAUAUUGGCACAUCUUUGUUGAGGUUGAAUCCUUUUCUCCAAAAUAAUAUUUACAAAUCUCAAAUCUUUCUACUUUCUACUUUCUGCUCUGUACUUUGCCCGUAAACAUGGCUCCAGUUCCUCCAGUUUAUAUUGUGUAAGUUUCCUGUACAUCCCCGGUUUCCGGAAUUGUUACUACUUAGACCAAGUUCUGGAUAUCUUUCCUCUUCUACGCUCGUGACCACCGUAUAGUUGAGAAAUACUAAUCAUUCGAUGUCUCCAGCUCAGCCGUGAGAACACCCAUCGGUUCAUUCUUAGGUUCCCUCUCUAGCAAGACUGCAACUGAACUCGGCGGCAUUGCCAUCAAGGGUAAAUCUAUUCGAUCUAUGUGGGCGUAUAAAAUAUUGAGGCUAACGAACAUCUAGCUGCCGUUGAGCGUGUACCAGAAAUCAAGCCUGAAGACGUUGAAGAAAUCUUCUUUGGCAAUGUUUUAUCCGCAAAGUAGGUCGAUCACUCUUUUUCUUUUUUAAAGAAAAUUAACUAAUUUGGACAGUUUGGGACAGAACCCUGCUCGUCAAUGUGCUAUUGCUGGUGGCCUCACUGAAGGUGUAGUCUGUACCACCGUCAACAAAGUUUGUGCUUCCGGCACCAAGGCAAUCAUUCUUGCCGCUCAGACAAUCAUCACUGGCAACGCCGAUAUAGUUGUAGCCGGUGGUGCGGAGUCCAUGUCUAAUGUUCCUCACUACCUUCCAACUCUCCGAAAUGGUGCCAAGUAUGGUGACCAAACUUUGGUAGACGGUGUUCUCAAGGAUGGUCUCACCGAUGCCUACAACAAAAAAGAGCAUAUGGGAAUGGCUGCUGAAGAGUGUCAUGUUGAUCAUGACAUUAGCAGAGAGCAACAAGAUGAGUAUGCCAUCAAGUCAUACCAAAAGGCACAAAAGGCAACUGAAGCCGGUCUCUUCAAGACCGAGAUUGUUCCAGUUGAAGUUAGCGGUGGCCGCGGCAAGCCAAAUGUUAAGGUUGAGAAAGAUGACGAGGUUAAGAACUUGAACAUCGAGAAGCUCAAGGCCAUGAGACCAGCUUUCAUGCCUAAUGGAGGAACCGUCACCGCUCCAAAUGCUGCACCACUUAACGACGGAGCUUCAGCUCUUGUCCUCGUCUCGGAAGCUAAGUUAAAAGAACUUGGUCUUAAACCUUUGGCAAAGAUUCUUGGUUGGGGUGAUGCUGAAAAGGCACCAAGCAAGUUCACCACGGCACCAUCUUUGGCUAUUCCUAAGGCUCUGAAGCACGCCAAGAUUGAUGCUUCAGCUGUUGAUUACUAUGAGAUCAACGAAGCUUUCUCUGUUGUCGCAUUGGCAAACAUGAAGAUUCUCGGAUUGGAUGAAUCUAAGGUCAACAUCCACGGAGGCGCCGUUGCUAUAGGACAUCCCCUUGGUUGCUCCGGAGCUCGAAUUGUCACCACAUUGAUCAAUGUGUUGAGAGAACAAAAGGCAAAGAUUGGUGUUGCCGGUAUCUGCAACGGUGGGGGCGGAGCCUCCGCUCUUGUCAUUGAAUCUUUGCAGUAAAGUGCUUCUAACAAUUGCUUACAAUUUGGAUUUGGAUGGUACAUAUUUGGAGUAUCAAAAAGCAUGAUCGGCGAUGAAGCAACAUAGAUUCAAGUCUGAUAAAAGUCUCGCGAAACGAUUUACAAUACCCAUAAGCUUUUUAAUACACCCCUCUAGAUCUUCUACCUUAAAGUCCUCAGCUAUUUUCGUUUUGUCACAUUCAU